AUGGAGCUGGAAACACCACAGUCAGAGACAUUGGAUCAAGAUAUGGUAGACCAAAAUAAUACCUCUAGUGAAGGCGAUGGUCUUGCUGCACUACCCAAUGAGCGGGUCUCGAGCGAAUUGGCGAUUGUCCCUACACAUGCCCGCCAUGGUUCCUUUCACCAACAGGCCGAAGAUGAAAUGAGUGAUUGCACAAGAGUUUCCUUCGAGGCGAUCUCACGAGAGGCAAGCCCAGUAGACCGAGCAAUUAGCGACGUCAUAGAUUGGGAAGAUGGUUUUCAAGAUCAAAGGCGGAUCAAUAAUACCUCACGGCCUAGCUCAGCAGGGCCGGGGGAUGGAAACCUGUCAGAUUCUGGUGAACAUGACAGGGGACAGGGAAUAGAUCUGUUUAUUGCUAAUUUAAGGCGAGCUAGGGAAGAAGAGGAAAAGCUGGAAGAAGAUUCAGUGUCUGAGUGGCUUGACGACGAGUUGGACAGUGAGACAGGCCGGCUACCUGAGCAGCCUGACCACUUGAAUUAA